UUUGUUUCCUCCCAGGAGCCCUGGCUGCCUCAUCUGGUCGCUCCUUCCUGUUGCCCCUCCGUUUGGCACCCCAAGUACCCCUGUUGUCACCACCCGUCUGUCCUAUGGCGACCUUGAACCAGAUGCACUGGCUGGGCCACCGCAAGCGCCCCCCUCCCAAGGUGGGCCCGCUGGGGGGCCACCCGCAGCUCAAGGGGGUGGUGCUCAAGACCAUGAUCCGCAAGCCCAAGAAGCCCAACUCGGCCAACCGGAAGUGCGCCCGCGUGCGGCUGAGCAACGGCAAAGAAGUGGUCUGCUUCAUCCCCGGGGAAGGGCACAACCUCCAGGAGCACAACAUCGUCCUGGUGGAGGGCGGCAGGACGCAGGACCUGCCAGGAGUCAAGCUCAAGAUAGUGCGGGGCAAGUACGACUGCGCCCACGUCCAGAAGAAGAAGCAGUGAGUGCUCAGGAGAUGAAGGGGGCAGGUCUGGGAACCACCUCUUGCGCGGAGCACAAAUGACUCUUACUGAGACAAACAUUGCCUCUGUUGGCCUUUUCCAAAAUAAAGUGGUAUAAGCUGCCUCCACUGACCAAA